UCCAAAGAAUCACCCGACUGUCAAAUUUAAUUUUUUUGUGGUCCAAUUCACACACGACGGGUCUUACCGUCAUUUAUUUUUGUUUCUGUGCUUUUCGAUCUGUUCCGAUACUGUUCAAAAACGUUAACGAAAAAAUGUUAUCACAAGCUGGAUUAUUAUGUGUAGUGCUUCUAACUGUUUAUUUCUACCUCUUCAAACAUCGCGAUGAUAACUCAGGAUAUUUGAGAGUGAGUCUAUUUUCAACAAACGAGGUAAUAUAAUAAUUGAUAUUAUAUUCUGCAAUGUUGACUGGUGUUGUAAUAACAUGAGAUAUUUUUUAGGAACUCGGUGUUAACAAGUAUGCCGCGAAUCCUCCAUCAGCUCUGAUGAGGAAAAUUUUGAGUCACGAUCCUGUCAGCAUCAAAGAAAAUCUUCGCGUUUCUGUGCAAGUGUUCCGAAGAAUCAUCACUUUGAUGCCUGAAAAGCGCUCUGGUUGGGACCGUGAAGUGGAGUUAUCAGUAUUUUUGUACUGGCUAGCUGCUGGCACCAGUUACCGUGUAGCUGGGGUAAGCUUCGAUAUACCGCGGGCUACUGUUAAGAGAAUUUGCACGAAAAUGCUGAGCUUCUUCUUGGACGUGGUCAUGCUGCAGGUAAUUAAGUAUCCAACAGGAAAUGAAUUGAUCGAGAUUGGAAGAAGAUUUUGCAACCGUGCCAAUACCGGAAUUUUUGAACGAGUUGCUGGAGCAAUUGAUGGAUCACACAUCAGAAUUAAAUGUCCGCCGGCGCUUCAUGACCAAUACAUAAAUCGAAAAUUGAAUUAUUCCAUACAAUGUCAGGCGGUGUGUGAUAGUAACAACAAAUUUAUCGAUAUCUGUGCCGGGUAUCCAGGGUCGGUACACGACACAAGGGUUAUGUACAAUAGCCCUUUGUAUUACAGGCGUCUGUAUCCUCCAGCUGGUUACUUUUUACUAGGAGACAGUGGGUACCCAUGUAGCAUACAUCCAAUAGCAAUUAUUACCCCAUUCAAGGAAACUGACCGGCAACCCCUAACACGGCAGCAAAAAAAAUUCAACAAUCUCCACAGCAAAGCAAGAAAUGUUGUGGAAUGCGCCUUUGGGCAAAUGAAAACCAGAUGGAGGAGUAUCUUCAACAAAGAUUUGGAACUACGCAUCGACAAUUGUGUAAGGGUAAUCGUCGCCUGCUGCAUUCUCCACAACAUAUGCAUAGAUGAAAACGAUAUAAUGGAGGCUGAAGCGAUCUUUGAAAUUGAAGAAGCAAGAAACGCAGAAGAAUGGCAGGAUGUCGAAUAUCAACCAAUAAGAGACACAGGUGAAGGGAUUGCUUAUCGCCAGCAACUAGUACAGCGAAUGACGGAUUAGACGAAUAAUUAAUUUUGCUUUUUUAAUGUUUAUGUAGAAUUAUCUUUUUGACAACGUACACUUUACUACUGCUUCAAAUAAAACCUAAUAUUCAAACUUAAAUCAAAUAAAACCUAAUAUUCAAACUUUGCUGAACGGCUCAAAACCGCUACGUAUCUAGAACUAGAAUAACUUGCGCAUUUAAGUAUAGCGUCAACCUUUUUUCUUGGCAUAACAUCACCACUAGAACAGAGCCUGUCUCACAGCUAAGUGUUCUUGCGAGCACUUCAAAAGUUAUUAACUGAGAGCUUUCUUUUUCGAAGUGGGCCUUGUGGCCUAUUAGUGACGUGAGACAACUGAUGUUGAUCAAAUGAGAGCUAGUUGACUUUUAUCUUCUCAUUAAACUCGUCUCAUUUUACCCGACGCGAAGAAUUAUCUCAUAGGAAAAGUGUACCAGUUAUGGCCAUAGUAGUUCCCUAUUUGGCCAUAAGUGUUUUCUCAGAAAUUUUCACAUUUUGAAUAUUUUUUUAUUGAAUGAAUUUAUUCAAUCAGUCUUGAAUUUGAGGGGUGCUCAUCUUGCCCCGUACUCCCAUAUAAGUUAAUUUUUUUAACUUUUGUAGGAGAAGAAAAGACCUCUCUAGAACCCCAACUCCCCCACCCUACGUAUUUACACCAAUUCCGUUAGCUCACCUAUUUCUUUUCUUGAUUCGUCUGAUCAAAUAAAAUAAUAUAAGAUUCCAAAAUUUGACUCACAUUUUUAACGUGUAUUGAAUGUAGCUUUAAUACAUUUUCACAACUGUUUGUUGCUGAGAAUUUUUUUCUUAGAAAAACAAAAGAUGUUUUUUCAUAUUUUUAAGAUUAUGAUAGAAUAAUAAUUCAUGAAACAGUAAAUGCUUAGAAAUUUUUUUUGCGCUUACUAUAAUGAAGACAAACAGAAUAGCGUUUAGUAACACUUUAAAAGGUAGGUACAUUGAUCGAUAGCACACUUAUGAUAUCCACAUUUUAAAAAUUAUGAAUGAUCAGAAUCAUUGAAAUAAAGGCACGUUAAAAUGUCUAACGGUUUGUGUUAAUAAUAUUUAGCUUAUGCAUCGAGAUCUGAUUCAGAUGAACUUGAGUCAUAGUUUGGAACCUCGAUGUUUUGCGCCUGAGCGAUGCACUUGAGCAAAGAAAAAAAUUUCUGCCCUUCUUUCCUCUUCCUUUUCGACUCUUUAACGAAAUGUUCAAACAUUUCUUGUUGGGUAAAACGAUUUCGUUUUCUAGCCAAUUUCUCAGGCUUUUCCAUGCCCUCAGAACUCGUUCCUGGUGCUGUAGACUCGAGACUUCCAGAAUAAGAUCCUUGUAUCGACGAAGAAGGUCCAGCCUCUGACGUAUCCUCAUCCAGGAUACUCUGUUGUUCAAGAGGCACGUUUCUCGAAUUUUCAACGAUAACGCCGCAGCUAUUAACUACUAGUGGGGGGUUGAUCGUGUGUUGGGUGGACAUGAACUCGUGCAUUUGAUUGAAAUGUUCCCAGUCCUCCGGAGUCUGCUCGCCAUUUUCCGUUGCCCCACCAGUAGGAGGAGUGAUCAGCAACUGAAAAAAAAACAAAUGUAUAGUGUUCAUUUAGUACCUAUAUAUUUUUUUUUAAAUAAUAUUCAAAGGAGUAACAUAAGAUUAGCCGUACAUAUGAGUAUACUAUAUGAAUACUCUAAUGAGCCCUUAAUAUCAUUACAAUAAUAAUUUUACAAUACCGAAUUGAAUUGGUUUAUGUUGAAUUAGUCGAAAAGUGAAAGUGCUCUAUAAUUAAAACCAGAAAAUCGGAUUUUUUUUUGUUGCAAUGCACAGGGACACAUUUUUAUAUAAAAAGUUUACCGUCAAACGUAAUGACUUACAACUAGACGCAACGUUUGGUAAUUUAUCACUUUAUUUUGAUCUACGUGGACGUACCAUAUUUGCCGCGGGUCAAAAAAUUCUAAAUUCAACAAACAUUUGUCAAAAUCUGUCCUAUUUUGUUGAAAUUUGAAGCUUUGCUAGCUCAAUUAUUAUAGAAUUAGGGAAAAAUCAGUAAAAAUGUGUUAAACGUUUUUUCUUUAUGUUUGAAUGACUUUUUG